UAUAAAUCGUUCACCAUUCCCAUCGAGAGAAGACCUGUUCGUUAAUCGUUAUAGUUCGGUCUUCAAAGGGAGAAGAGACUGAAUUGGGAGCAUUUUUAUCAUCUUCGUCUCGCUUUGAAUAUCUUUGUCUGCAAUUUCGUGUCUGAUUCUGCGUCACAGACUCACAGUAUCACAAGUUAGCCUUUUCGGCUCUUCAAUUGAGUGCUACCUGAUCAGCGGAUUCGAGGAGGAGAAUUUUCAAAUGGAGGACAAGGAGAAGGAAAAUAUGAAGGCGAUGAGCGAGGAGCGAUGGCAAGGAGCUAUAGUUAAUCUGACGGAGAUGACAUCUAAUUUGGAGUCUCUCCAGAAGUUACUCCUUAAGAAGGCCGUCUUCGUUGAUGAAGAUACAUACACCAAAGCCUCACUCACCUCGGAACAAGCCCGUACGAUUAAGGUUCUGGAUCAAAGGGUAGAGACUUUGGAGAGAGAACUUGAUGCAGCCAUAUCAGCUGCAGCCCGUGCACGUGCAGAGAAACGACAAGCUGAGGUAGCACAGAAAGCUGCUGAAUUACGAGCACAAGAAGUCACCAAAGAACUUGAAAACACUACAAAGGUAUUUCAACUACACAUGGAAGAGUUGCGAGCAAAGCAGGAGGAGAUUGCGAAGCGUGAUAAUGACAUUAAACUUUUGGAAGCAAUAAUCCAGACUCUUGGUGGAAGAGAAUCACAUUCUUCAAGUGGAUAGCUAAUAGAAAGUUGAAAUUUAGAGAAUUGUUGUAUUUCGUCGUCUC